AUGUCUUUUCUUUUUUCGUCUAUUCCUUCGGAGAGUUUACUUCUUUUUUCUUUGUGUCUAUUUAUUUUAAGUUUUCUUCUUCUUCUUCUCCUCCUCCUCCUACAACUACUACUCCCUCUUCUUAUUAUUAUUUUAGUACUACUACUACUUCCUCUCAUUAUUAUUAUUUUAGUACUACUACUACUACUACUACUUUUUCUUCUUUGCCUCCUUCUUUUCCUUGUCUUCCUCAUUCUCCUACUACUACUGCUAGAAAUAGUACUACUACCUCUUAUUAUUAUUAUUUUACUACUACUACUACUUCACCUUCUUGUUCUUCCCCCCUCAUUCUCCUCCUCCUCCUUCAUAUUUUCUAUUCUUUUAUUUCUCUCAUCUAUACAUUCUGACAGUCUGCGUCUUUUUCUUCUUUUAUCCACUCAUUUGAAGUUUUCUUUUUCUUUUUCUUCUCUGUUUUUCUUUUUCUUUCUUUCUUUUUCGUCUUAUUUUUCUUCGCCUUCUUUUUCUUUUUCUUUCCCACCUCCUCCUUCAUCUUCUCCACUUAUUUAUCUUCUUCUUCCGUCUGCUCAUUCACAGACAGUUUUUUCUUCUUUAUGUCUACUUAUUUUGAUUUUUCUUUUUCUCCUUCGAUCUUCGUUUUUUUGUUUCUUCUUCUUCUUCAUCUUCUUCUUCUUUUUCUCGUCCUCCUUCUUCUUUUCUAUUCUCCAUCUUAUUUAUCUUCUUCUUUCAUCUACUAAUUAUUUUAUUCUCCUUUCUUUUUAUUUUCCACCUUCUUCUUUUCUAUUCUUCCUUUUCUGUCUUUCCUUCUUCUUCUUCUUCUUCUUCUUCUUCUUGUUCUUCUUCUUCUUCUUCUUCUUCUUCUUCUCUCUACGCUUCCUGAUAUCAUCCGUUUCCUUGUCUUUUUCUUUCUUUUGUUGGGGACAAUGUGUUGGCCAAAAGAAGCAAUGUCAUAUGGGACAUCCUGCUGGACAGCGACGAGACAGCCGGAGGAAGCAGUGGGGUCUGAGAAGACCAACACAGCAGAAUGUCCCGGUCAAGAAGCCGGCGUCACCACAGAAGAAGUAUAAUCAGGGGUUGCAACAGCCGUCGCUGCAACAAGAGAAUCAGAAGCAGCUGGCAACAACUGAAGCAAUCGAAACAAUAGCAGCAGCAAAACAGCAAUAA